AAUUUGGAAAAAUUGGACGAAUUAAGGCGUUCAUUGCAUAUUAAUAAUUGUCUUGAUCAACAGGAGGCUAAAACAAAAGUCGAAAAGCAAAAACGCGAAUGGUACAAGACAAUAGAUUGUCCACUUUGUGGCAAGCCUCUUCCUCCUGGGCCUUAUCGAAUUGCACAUGUGAAAAAAUGCGGUCGAGAAAACGAAAUAAGCAGUUCAAAACUUCUUUCAUUAAUAGAAGCGCAAACUAAAGUUGCUGAAAUAAAAAAACGCAGUGGUAUCGCACAUACGAAGUAA